AUGCAGAUAAACCAGCAACACCACCCUUCCUCCCAGUCACAAUCCUUCUCUUGCUUAUACGCUAACCUUCCACACCUCCCUUAAGAUAUCCUCCUCCUCCCUCUCUCCCCCUCUCUUUUCAGCUCCACAGCUGGGCUGCACGCUUACUGUCCCGAAACAUGAUGACCCAUUCAGCCCUAUGGGAAUUUCUCCUCCCAGCUGGCGUCAGCUACAUCUGUCUGUCAGGGAUGACAGCAGCAGCAGCAGCAGCAGCAGCAGCAGCAGCAAUAGCAGCAGCAGCAGCAUCCUCUUCUGUCCUCUCUGCCACAGACACUGACUGAGCUCACACUUUACUGAGAGGGAGGGAGCGUCACCAGACAGCCCACAGCAAUUCAGGGGGAAAGUUCUCUCCUUUCUCUCUCUCAUUCAUUCACAAAUAACAAAGUAAGGAUAUCAUGCGAUUUGUGGAUACUUUUCCGAAUUGAACUGCUACGUUGACUGAUUCCUGUCCAUUUUUGCUCUCCGAAGAGAUGUCCUCUCUUCUAUUGUCAGUGUUUGAGCGGUGAUGACUAAAGCCUUCUGUUCCUCGUCUUACUAUUACUCUACACUCUGGGAUCUAUCUAUCUGGACUUCUGUAGCAUGUUGGGAUACAUUCAGAGGGCUUUCUUAUCAGCUGUGUCCUCUUCCUCAUCCUCUUUCCCAGGGUUGUGAAAACACUUUUCAGCCCUGAACAUUACCUGGAGAGUUCAUAGCAAAACAAAGGGAUUCAAUAUGAACUGGGAGAAUCUUUACACAUCAAGGCGAAGCUGCUGUCACUCUGAAGGCAGCUUGGAUGGUGAAAGUCAACUGAUAUCCUUCUCAAGAUGGCACACCCGACAGACUACUCUCUCAUAGUCAUACCACUGAUACCACAAUAAGGACAACUUGAGAGAAACAUGGAAGGUGAAGGAAUACAGAACUCAUCUAUAAUUGGCAAUGCGACCGACAUCCACCGUGCCACACACAGUCUAUGGGAGGUCAUAACCAUAGCAACUGUGUCGGCCAUCGUGAGCCUGAUUACGAUAGUGGGCAACAUCCUAGUGAUGCUGUCAUUUAAGGUAAACAGCCAGCUGAAGACAGUCAACAACUACUACCUGCUGAGUUUGGCUGUAGCUGACCUCAUUAUAGGUGUGUUCUCUAUGAACCUCUACACCUCCUACAUACUGAUGGGAUACUGGGCACUGGGGAGUAUCGCCUGUGACCUCUGGUUGGCUUUGGACUACGUGGCCAGUAAUGCGUCAGUGAUGAACCUGCUGGUCAUCAGUUUUGACCGGUACUUCUCUAUCACCCGACCUUUGACCUAUAGAGCCAAGCGCACCCCCAAACGGGCUGGGGUCAUGAUAGGCAUGGCCUGGCUGGUGUCGCUCAUCCUGUGGGCCCCUCCCAUACUGUGUUGGCAGUAUUUUGUGGGGAAAAGGACAGUCCCUGAAAGGCAGUGUCAGAUCCAGUUCUUCUCUGAGCCAGUGAUAACAUUUGGGACAGCCAUUGCUGCGUUUUACAUCCCUGUGUCGAUCAUGACUAUCCUUUACUGUCGGAUCUACAAGGAGACGGAGCGUCGCACAAAGGACCUCGCUGAGCUCCAGGGCAUCAACAGUUCCACAGACGCUGGUACCACCAAGCCCCAGAAAACCAUAAUCAGAUCCUGCUUCAACUGCAAGCAGCUCAGCUCUGCCUCCCGGGACAGAACCCAGGCCUCCUGGUCCUCCUCCAACAGGAGCCACGCAGCCAAAUCAGCCGCUGCCACCAACGACGAGUGGUCCAAGAGCGACCAGCUGACCACCUUCAACAGCUAUGCCUCCUCUGAGGACGAGGAGCAGCCCGUGUCCCCGGGGGUCUUCCAGCCCACCUACCGGAACCAGUCAUGUGGGCCGAGCACAGGUGCAGAUGGCUGUGAGAAUGAGCAGCUCAGCAGUUACGAGGACAACUUCUUCCACACGCCUCCCAAGACCAACUCCCGUAAGUGUGUGUCAUACAAGUUUAAACCAGUUCCCAAAGACACUACCAGCGGUGCCCAGCAGAGCAAGAAUGGGGACACCAACAUGGUCCCAUCAUCUUUAUCCUCAGCAGACUCAAUGAGUGCCCCACCCUCCACCACUUCCUGCAAGCCAAUAGAUGCAACUCUGAAGAUCCAGCUGACCAAGAGGAAGAGGAUGGUGCUGAUCAAGGAGAGGAAGGCUGCUCAGACUCUCAGUGCCAUCUUGCUGGCCUUUAUCCUGACGUGGACACCAUACAACAUCAUGGUGCUCAUCUCCACCUUCUGCUCUGAUUGUAUCCCUGUGUCUCUCUGGCACCUGGGCUACUGGCUAUGCUAUGUCAACAGCACAGUCAACCCCAUGUGCUACGCGCUCUGCAACAAGACCUUUCAGAAGACCUUUCGCAUGCUGCUGCUUUGUCAGUGGAAGAAGAAGAGAGUGGAAGAGAAACUCUACUGGUACGGGCAAAACACUGUAGUGAGCAGCAAACUAACUUGAGCCAUUCACUCUGUCCUUCCAGAGGAGCAAGUAUGAAGACUAUAUAUAGAGAUAUAUUUCUGUUUGGUACUUGAAUUAUGCCUACAGGUAGGGUGUGUCAAAUGUACAAAGGUUAGAGACAAGACUAGUUUGUUUGUGGUAUUGUUCUUUAAUCAGUACUUUGCUUACUGCUCACAAGAAAUACAAAAGUGCUUUGCCGAAAAUGUUGACACUACACCAAUACAUCAUUGAAUAUGAAAAUAUAAAAAAAAUAACCCGACGUGCACAGAAAAGUGAGAGAUAUUUUAUUUAAAAAACAUGUUCUGAUUGUUUUCUAGGUAUUAUGUUAGACUACAUUGUGUUUGCUUUAAGGGCUAUCGCAGUUUUUGUCUUGGUUUUAAAGCGAGCUGGAUAACAAACGAUUGUACACUCAUCAAAGCCUUGUUCACGUGUGGCAUUCACUUUAGUCAGAUACAAACAAUAAAACCUUCAACAGACAAUCUUUCCACAAGCACAAACACAUACAGUCCAAAUGAAGCCAGACAGCACAGAAACACAGGGGAAGAGAUUUGAUUAAAGGAAAUGCUGAGGUUUCAGUAUCAAAUUCUUCUAAAUAACUAUUACUUUUAUUAUCGACUCAGCAGCUUUAAAGUGCACAUAAAUUUCAUAAAAUGUGAUUUUAUGUUAUAGUUCAUUGGACACUUCUACAUAAAGUAUACACCUGACCAGGCAAGUGCACAGAUAGGUCUACCUGUGCCAUGCCACCUGCCCCUUUGCCCUCCCACUCGCCAAGUGCCCUUUUGGAUGGUGGUAUAUAUACUUUUUUUGGUGUACAGGUUUUUUUUUCUUCGUUUUUUUCCCUGAUCUCACUGCACCCAAGUCAUUGUGACGUCAUCAAGUUCAGAUAAGAAUUAGCCUUUAAUCAAUUAUAGUGGGUACCUCUUUGUUUGGCGGUUAAGACCCAAGGAUGAAAUCUUAUCAGGGAGUGAUUUCAUCUGCCCAGGGUCACUAUAAGUCACUUAGCACAGUGACAGCUCUCUACACACUUACAUUCAGGGGGAGAGCAGGGUUUGAUUCAUGCACUGUUCUGUGUCAUGUAUUCAUAACAAUCUGUUUAACGUCCAUUUGUCCUCAGGAUACAGACCUUUGUUUUGGUCAUUCCGUAUUGGACUUUAUCAUUCUCAUCUACCCAUUGAUAGAAAUAACAUUUUUUUUAAAUUGUAAUGACAUCGCUGAGUACUACUUGCAAUUAAUCAUAAGAAAAUCUACUGUAAACUUACUGUAUAUAAUCUUAUUUGAUUCAGUACAUAUUGGUUUUUCUACCAACAACCAACACAUACAUAGGUUAUUCGUUCAGUGAUAUUGGGUGAGUGAAUAAAAAUACUGCAAAUGUUGUAUUACACGUGUAAUAAGCUAUGAUAUCAUGACCACAAAAUGUUUUGUAUCGGUGAUCCUUUAGACUACAAAAAAACUGCACUUGCAAUUUUGGGCGGGAAGGUCGAGGAGGAGACUUACAUGUAUGAAAUCCCCAAAAUAACGAUUGUUUUUUUUAUCACUUAAAAAAAUGUGUGACAAGUAUUUUACAGUAUUUUUGUCUCUGUGUAUUUCUGAAUUAAAGGUGUUGAACUAU